UCCGGUUUAAAUCAAACACAGCAUCGACAGGUAACCAUGCCUGUGAAGUUAGAUCCACCUCCUCCUGCAAAUUCCAAACAACUUGGAGUAACCACAACUUUAUUAUACAAUGGAUCAAGGUUUCAGGGACACCAGAAAAGCAAAGGAAAUUGUUACGAUGUGGAAGUUGUUUUACAGCAUGUGGACAUGGAAAGUUCCUACUUGUGUGGUUAUUUGAAGAUUAAAGGACUAACAGAAGAGUAUCCGACUUUGACAACAUUUUUCGAUGGGGAAAUAAUCAGCAGAAAACAUCCAUUCCUUACAAGGAAAUGGGAUGCUGAUGAAGAUGUUGACAGAAAACAUUGGGGGAAAUUUUUAUCUUUCUACCAGUUUGCAAAGACUUUUAAUUCUGAUACGUUUGAUUAUGAAGAUUUAAAAACAACAGAUUAUGUGUUCAUGAGAUGGAAGGAGCACUUUUUGGUGCCAGACCACACCAUUAAAGACAUAAACGGAGCAUCUUUUGCUGGAUUUUAUUAUAUCUGUUUUCAAAAGUCCACAUCGACGAUAGAAGGUUACUACUAUCAUAGGAGUUCAGAAUGGUUCCAAUCACUAAACCUUAUCCAUGUGCCAGAACACAGUAUACCUGUGUACCAGUUCAGAUGACGACAUGCGACCUCCAACUCACUGUGAUAACUAUUUAUUAUAUAUAAAAUAUAUAUCAAGAGUAUAUGCUGUCAUGACAUGUACCUUAACUUAUCGAUUAGUUUUGCCUUGAUAAGUAGCAAAAUACUGCAAGUAAAAAGUAAUCAAUAAUUACCAGCUUUUGAUAAGGAAAGUACUUGGCACUUGUUGAAGCUGCUAACGGAGGAGAAUUGAAGUACGCCUCACUGAGCAGGACUCGCCUCGCUGAGCAGGACUCGCCUCACUGAGCAGGACUCGAUGGACUAAAAAGUGUUAAAUUGGUGCUCUGAAUAAUUAAACAGGGUCUCCCAGUGGAAAGACCUUUUGUUUUGUGGGACAAGUAGCAUGAUUGGACAGGAUGGCUAGCAUGUGUGCAGUUAUUAACUUAAUUAAUAUGGUGUUUCAUUUUGCCUUCAUACAUGUGUAUACACAUCCAAUGGUUCACACGAUAUUGUUAAUGUUGUCAAACUUUGUGCGUAUGGAUUAAUUCAACAACAUGAAAAGACAUCAAACACCAUGCAAGCCAACAAGAGGAAUUGAACAGGAUGUGAAGUACAAUGUGUUAAAUUAUAUCUGUCUGAUUGUAAAUCAAAUGAUAUGUACAAUGUGUUUUCUGUUUUAACAUUAUAACUGCAGCUUCUGCUUUCAGUUACAUAUAAUUUUAGUCAGUGAUGUUAUGUCAUAUCAUUUUAUAUAAGUCUUGUGAACAGCAUUCCCUGCAAGGCAUGCAUGCCUUUCUGUAACGGCCCCCGCCCCGGUUCCUUUGAUCCCCUGAUCAGUUGUUCUGAAGUGAUGUCCCCUCGCUGGUCAGGAGAAGGGAGCUGAUACAGUAUUUUUGGCUGGCAUGCGUACAUUUUGUAUGAUACACCGUGUGCAGGCAGAUUAGUAUUGCAUAUUCUACCAUACUCUGUGUCUGUUCAAUAACAAUGGCUUUAAUUUUGAAAUCUGUAAAUUGCAACAUAAUAUGUUUCUGUUUUAUAAAAAGAUACAAUUUUCCUCAA